UCUUAAAAAAGGUUUUACAUUUGACUUCACGAUUCCUGCAUAUACCCUGUUGUAACGGAGGUGGAGAAAUGCUUACACAUUCCUGUGUUUUUAGGACUCUUUCCUGCACCUUCACCCAAAUGAGGCAAAACAAAUCACCGCCAAAGUGAAGAAACAAAACUUAAAAAGCAAUACAAAUCCAAACAUAUCAAACGUGUGGAAUUGACAGUACAGUUACAACAAUAUGCAUGAUGCUACUGAGCAAUCUGUUGACAAAACAAGCUCAUAUUGAUUUUUUUCUAAAUGUCUUCCAUACAGAGCACUUCGGCCAUAUUGAAGGAGAACAUGGACAUGUACAUGUUAAACCCCUGCAGUAAUAAAAUCUGGUUCAUCAUCGAGCUCUGUGAGCCCAUCCAGGUGAAGCAGCUGGACAUCGCUAACUUUGAGCUGUUCUCCUCCACUCCCAAAGACUUCCUCGUCUCCAUCAGUGACAGAUAUCCAACAAACAAGUGGCUGAAGCUGGGAACCUUCCACGCCCGGGAUGAACGCAUAGUCCAGAGCUUCCCUUUAGACGAGCAUCUGUAUGCUAAAUAUGUGAAGAUGUUCACCAAGUACAUAAAGGUUAGCCUGCUUUUCUUGUAGAGGGUCUGUGGUUGUGUGACUUGAAUA